UGGUUACAACAGUUGGAACUUUCAGAGAGAAGUGAAGAUAUUUUUUCUGUGUAUGCUUUCCCCGUUUCCUUGUCCGUGCCAUUUUACUGGGUUUUCUUCAGUUUAUUGCUUACGAUUUGGAAUAGUGAUAAGUAAAGACAUAUAUCAUAAUUCUGGAUCAUCCAAUUCCAAUAACGCAGCAGCAGCAGCUUCCAAGAUGUAAAAAUGGAGUACUUGGUCUGCUGAAGACUAAGAACAGCUUUCCUCCUUCUCAGUUUCUGCUACACAUUCAAGUGACAAAGUAAAGACAUAUCACACUUGUGGAUCAUCCAAUUCCAAUAACACAGCAGCAGCAGCUUCCAAGAUGUAAAAAUGGAGUACUUGGUCUGCUGAAGACUAAGGACAGCUUUCCUCGUUCUCAGUUUCUGCUACACACUCAAGUGUUGCAGCUUCUCGACCAGGAGAUUAUUCAGAAAGUGUGGGAGACGCAGGAGACGGAGCUUUUGGUGAUGAUCAAGAGUUUUCCUCGGUCUUAGUUUGUCUUAUUGUUGAAAGCAAGGACAGAGAGAUGUAGUCGAGAAGAGUACAAGAAAAAGAAGUUCGAAGUAUGGAUGCUGCGUUGAAAAUAAUUGAUCCGGUAAUUGUUUUUCUUUGGGAUCAUGGUAUUAGGCAGGUGACCUACAUUUUUCGUUACGAGAAACAUUUUGAGGAAUUAAAUAAAGAAGUUAAGCAUCUUGGAGAAGUUAAAAAGGGUUUACAUCGUUUACGCGAUGAAGCUAAAAGCAAGGGUGACAUAGUUGAAGAUAGGGUUGAAGAAUGGUUUGGGGAAGUGGGUGAAUUUGAGAGUCGUGUUGAAAACUACAUCAAAGAUGCAGGUCACAAGAAGACAAGGGGUCUCUAUCAUGUGUUUCCUUACUAUAGGCACAAACUGGGCAGAAAAGCAAAGAAGAUGGAAAACGAGGCUUCAUUGCUAAGAGAUGCGUCCCCCAAGGUUGACGAAGUUUCUUAUGCAAAGAAAGUAACAUCUUUUGACCUCACUUCAUCUAAUCUUGGCUACAUUGAAUUUGAUAGUAGAAAAUCCAUUGUGGAAGACGUAAUGACAAAACUUAAAAAUCCCAAUAUGAAAAUUAUUGGACUCCAUGGACCACAAGGGAUGGGUAAAAGCAUGUUAAUAAAAAAAAUUGCUAUUAAAACUAAAGAGGAGGGGUUGUUUGAUAAGGUGGCCGAAAUAGAUGUAACUGUCAAUCCCAAUCCACUCAAAAUUCAAGAAGACAUUGCAUAUGUGAUAGGGUUGCCAUUAGUGGGGGAAAGUGAAAAUGUAAGAGCUGAUUGUCUAAGGAGAUGGUUAAAGAUAGAAAAUGUGAGCAUCCUUAUAAUCUUGGAUGACCUUCAUGAAAGAUUAGACUUGAAUAGGCUAGGGAUUCCGGUUGAUGAUGAUUAUGACUUAAGAAAGAAGAAUGAGUUAAGCAUAAGUUCAAGUGAACAAGGUUCUAACGCAAAUCUUAACAGCACAAAGGUUACAGUCGGCGGCACAAGGGGUACUGACGAAAAAGUGCUAAAAAGAGAAAAUUUUCUUAGUAGUUAUAAGGGAUGCAGAGUUUUGCUUUCUUCACGUCAUAAGGAAGUAUUUCCUGAUGAAGUUGAUCUUGAGUCAAUUUUUUCUUUAAAGGAAUUAGAUGACAAUGAUUCCUUGAUGUUGUUUGAGAAUGAGGCUGGUAGAGGUAAUAAAAUGUCUAUGCCUAAAGAAGAAAUAAAAAACUACUGUACAGGGACACCCAUGACAAUAAUUAGAUGUGCAAAGAGAUUUAAAAGCUGGAUUGAGUCAGAAAGUGAACCUACACUUGACAAAUUUAAGUUUGAAUGGGAAAAGUCUAUGAAGAUUACUAACGAGACAAAACAUCAUUUUCCAAAAGACGAGGAGCUCAAGUUCAUUUACUUGCUUUGUGCUCAAAUGGGUCCUCUACCCCUAAUUAUGGACUUGGUGAAAUAUUGUUUUGGAUUGGGUAUAUUUGAAGGAGUCUCAUUGCUUAGUGAAGCUCGACAUAAAAUAAAUAAAUCAAUCCAGGAGUUACAAGACUUGGGUUUGGUGUCGUACAAAAGCCCUAAUACUCAUUUCAAGAUGUCUCAUAUUAUUCGAGGCGAUGCUUUAAGUAAUGCACACAAAGAUCACAAUAUUUUUGCUUUGAGAGAUGGCAAACUAGAUGAUUGGCCCGAACUCGAAAAAUGCACUUCAAUUUCUAUAUGCAAUAGUGAUAUUAUUGAUGGGCUUCCUCAAUUCAUAAAUUGUCCUCAUCUUAAAUUUUUGCAAAUAGAUACUAGUGAUCCAUCAUUGGAAAUACCUGAGAGUUUCUUCAAAAGAAUGGAAAAUUUGAAAGUCUUAAUAUUGACAGGUUUUCGUCUAUCAAGCUUACCAUACUCAAUUGAAUGUCUAUCAAACCUCAGAAUGUUUUCUUUGGAGCGGUGCACUUUAGAUUGCAAUUUAUCUCUAGUGCGAAAGUUAAAAAAAUUAAGAAUUCUUAGUUUCUCUGGAUCUCAACUUAAAACUUUGCCAACUGAGUUACGAUACUUGGAUAAGUUACGACUACUAGACAUCAGCGAUUGUUUCGAGUUGAAGAUUAUUCCACCUAAUCUUUUAUCAAGUUUGACGUGUUUGGAAGAGUUGUACAUUAGCAAAAGCUUGAUCAAAAUGUUGGUGGAAACAGAUACAAAUAAAGGUCAAAAUUCAUUUCUUUCUGAGCUAACAAAUUUGCAUCAAUUGAAAGUGGUAGAUUUAAGCAUCCCAUGUGUUUCAAGUUUUCCUAAUCAAUUGAUCUUUGACAAGUUAACAUAUUACAAGAUUGAGAUUGGAUACUUUGAAAUGAUUUCUGUUGGAGAAUUUUGGAUGCCCAAUAAGUAUGAAGAACUCAAAGUUUUGGCAUUGCAACUGAAGAAUGACACUGACAUUCGCUCCAAAGAAGGCAUUAAGUUGUUGCUUAAAACAGUACAUAGUUUGUUGUUAGGAGAGGCAGGAGUUCAAAAUGUUGUUAAUGAUUUGAAUAUGGAUGGAUUUCUGAAUUUGAAACAUUUGUCCAUCAUAAAUAACAAGGACAUCGAAUAUGUCAAUUCAACAAAACUGCCAAAUUGUGGGAAUGUUUUUCCGAAUUUGGAAUAUAUAUGCCUCUACAAUAUGAUGAACUUAAAGAUGAUAUGUUACGGUGAAGUUACAGUUGCGUCAUUUGCCAAAUUAAAAACUAUCAAGGUUGAGAUGUGUUACCGGUUAGAGAACCUCUUCUCCUUUUACACAAUUAAAACUUCUACUUGUGCAGAAGAAACUAGUGAGAUUUCUGAUUGUAAUUCUUACAUGAAUGAAUUUCUCGCCAGUCUAGAAAUGAUUGAGGUUUGUAAAUGUGAAUCUUUAAAGGAGAUUUUUCAAAUACCAGUGAAUUAUGAUAAGGUUGAAUUUCUUAUGUUGCGCACCUUGACACUCCAAUCAUUGCCAUCAUUUACAUGUUUUAGUACCAAAGUGGAGAGUUCUCGUGGGUCAAAUUUGACAAAGACUCAAACUACAAAUAGGGGUCAGACAAAAAAUUCUACUGAAGAAGAUGACCAUAGUGACAAGGCGCCUCCUCUUUUUGGUGAACUAGUUGAAGUUCCAAACUUAGAGAACUUGAAUUUGUCCUCACUCAACAUUCAUAAGAUAUGGAGCAACCAAUACUCAUCAAGUGUCUGCUUCCAAAACUUGAUAAAAUUAGUUGUUAAAGAUUGUGUUAAAUUGACACAUCUGUGUUCAUUACCUAUGGCAAGCCAUUUGAAGAAGUUGAAAAGCCUCGUCAUAAGUGGAUGUCCAAUUAUGGAAAAGAUUUUUGAGACUGAAGGAAUUAGUGCAGAAAAUGUCUACGUCUUUCCUAAAUUGGAGGAAAUCCACCUUAGCAAAAUGAAUGGGUUAAUUGAUAUCUGGCAAACUAAAGUGAGCGCCGAUUCCUUUUCUAAUCUCAUUUCCGUGACCAUUGAAGAAUGCAAUCAACUGAACAAGAUUUUUCCGAGUCAGAUGGAAGGAUGGUUUGAAAGUUUAAUUAACUUGAAAGUUUCUAAGUGCAAAUCCGUGAUUGAAAUUUUUGAAAUCAAUGAUUCUCAUGAAAUAAAUGCUUCUGGAAUAGACACAAACUUGCAAGUUAUUCUUCUGGAAGGUCUCCCUAAGUUGAAGCAAUUGUGGAGCAAAGAUCCAGAUGGAAUUCUCAACUUUAAAAAAUUGCAGUCUAUAGAUGUACGUUAUUGUGAUGAACUAACGAAUUUGUUUCCAACUUCUGUAGCAAAAGAUGUUUCAAAGCUUGAACGCAUGUCAGUAUUUCAAUGUGAGAAGAUGGUGGAAAUUGUGGCAAGUAAAGAUGCAUCAGAAGAAAUCAAGGAUCCAUUAAAGUUUCCAGAGCUAAUUUAUGUGAGACUAUAUGGGCUAUCAAACAUGAAGCAAUUCUACAAGGGAAGACAUCCUAUAAAAUGUCCAAAAUUGAAGGAGCUGAGUAUAGACAAGUGCUUGAAGCUUCAAACAUUUCCCCAAGAAAAGAGUGAAACGAGAAAUGAAGAAAAUUUCAUUUUCUUAGCUGAAGAGGUAUUCCCUAACUUGGAGUAUAUGGAAAUUGACUUGAAGGAAGCUCAAAAGUUAUUACAGAAGUACCAAAUGCAAUGUUUAAAAGAGCUUAUUAUAUUGGGUUCAGUCAAAAACACAGAUCUUCUCUAUCCGUUUAUGUAUAGAAUGCCAAAUCUAGAAAAGUUAAAGUUGACUUUCUCUAGAUUUGCUGAAGAGUCAUUGACAAGUUCAAACAUUGAGCCGCAAGAAUUGGGAACCGUGUUAAAGCUGAAGCAAUUGUUUGUUUGUUUCUCGGAUAUAAAGGAUAUAGGAUUUGAACGAUACCAAGUUCUACAAAGACUAGAGCUUUUGAGAUUAAAAGGUUGCGACAAAUUGAACACUUUAGCUCCUUCCUCUGUAAUGUUGACUUACUUGACGUGUUUGAAACUGAAGUAUUGUUGUGGAUUAAAGAACAUAAUGGCAUCCUCGACUGCCAAAAGUAUGGUUCAACUCAAGACAAUGAAGGUAAUCAAUUGUCCUGAAGUACAAGAAAUAGUAAGCAUGGAGGAAAGUGAAGAAGGCAAAGUGAUGAAAAUUGUAUUCAGCAAAUUGAUUUCUAUAGAACUUGUGGGACUAAAAAAGCUUGCAAGUUUUUGCAGUCACAAGGAGUGUGAAUUUGAAUUCUCAUCACUGGAAAUGUUUAUUGUAAGAGAAUGUCCGAAGAUGGAGAAAUUUAGUGAAAAAAGGUCGAUAGCACCAAAGUUGAAGAAUAUAUUUGGUGUGAAAGGAAAUGAAAAAUCCAAAUGGCAAUGGGAAGGCCACUUGAAUGCCACCAUACAAAAAAUUUUCAAUGAUAAGGUCAGUUUCGCAUAUACUGAAUAUCUGUGGCUUGAUAACACUGAUGAUUUUAUUAUAAAGCAAGUAUGGGAUGACACUCAUUGGAGGCAGCAAAACAACUUUGGGUAUUUGAAAAGGUUGAGUGUAUGGGAUUGUCAUACUCUAAAGCAUAUAAUUCCAUCUCAUUUGCUUUCUUGCUUUCACAAUUUGGAAGAGUUAGAUAUAUACAAUUGCGGUGGUGCAGAGGUGAUAUUUAAUAUGAAUGAUGAGAACAGGGUGAUGACAAAACCUUCCGGAAUAUUCCGUCUGAAAACAUUGCAGUUAUAUGAUCUACCGCAACUGAAGCAUGUAUGGGACAAGGAUCCGAAGGGAAUCAUUGGCCUUCAACUGCUAAAGGAAAUGAGUGUUAGCAGUUGUAAUUGUCUUAAAAGUUUGUUUCCAGCGUCGGUAGCCAAAGAUCUCACAAGACUUGAAGUGCUUAGAGUAAGAAACUGUAAGGAAUUGGUAGAAAUCUUUUGGAAGGAUGAAAAGGAUGAGGAAGAGGAAGGAGAAGGAACAACACAUGAGUCUCUGUUUCCUCGUCUCACCACAUUCACGCUAGAAGAAUUGCCACGCCUCAAAUACUCUAACGACUGCUCCAAACAACAGGAGAGUACAUCAAAUUUGAGUGAGAGGGAUAUACAAGAGUUAUGUAUUGGCUCACGACGCAUCCCAAACUCCAAUUUCAGUCUCUUGGAAUCUCUAAUUGUGGAUGGUUGUAAGUUUGUAUCAGAUGUAGUUCUACCAUUCAGUUUGCUUCCUUUCUUAACUAAUUUGGAAACGUUAGUAGUUCGAAACUGUGAUUUUGUCAAAGCCAUUUUUGAUGUCAAAUCUACAACACAAAGCAGAGAUGUGACAUCUAUGGGACAAACCCUCCCUUUUUCUCUGAAGAAAUUAACUGUAUCGAAACUGCCAAAUCUGAAGAAUGUUUGGAAUGAAGAUCCUCAAGUAAUUAUAAGCAUGCACCAUUUACAAGAAGUUAUUGUUGAGGAAUGUGAAGGCCUUACAAGUGUGUUUCCAGCAUCAGAAAACGAAUAUCUUCUAAAACUUGAAAGUCUAGUAGUGAAAGACUGUAAAGGAUUGAUGUCUAUUUUUGCAGAGGAUAUUAUAGAUCCAAGAACAAAGCUAGAGCUUAUGUUUUCAUGUCCCUUUGUGAGAUCAUUGGAACUUAAGGAUCUACCCAUGUUCAAGUAUUUUUAUUACUGCUCACUACCGUGCGACAAUUUUGCACAUCUAGAAUCACAUACCGAGAAUCAAGUCGGUACUGAAAAGUGCAUGUCAGUAGGAGAAAAUGGAAUGAAGAUGAUUUUGCGAGGAGAAUUCGAGAGAAAGCUCUUAGACAGCUUAAAAACUCUUACUCUCUGCUUUGGUUCGGAUGUAUUUCGAUAUAAACUUCUAGAAGUGGUUCCGAAUAUAGAGAAACUUGUGGUGUGUGAUGGUUCCUUCAAGAAGAUGUUCUGUUGUGAAAGUGGUAAUAAUGUGUUAAAGCAGCUGAAAGUAUUACGGUUGGAGUCCCUUGAAGAGUUGGUUUCCAUUGGGCUAGAGAACUCUUGGACUGAUUCUUUUGUUAGAAAUUUAGAAACCUUUGAAGUGAUUAGAUGUAAGAGUUUAAAAAACUUGGUAGGAUGCACAGUGUCUUUCUCCAAUCUGACGUGUUUGAAAGUAGAGGAUUGCGAUAGCUUAUCAUAUUUGUUGACUUCCUCAGCAGCCAAGCGUUUGGGUAAACUCAAAAGAAUGGAGAUAAAGGAUUGUGAUUCAAUUGAAGAGAUAGUGUAUAAGGAAACAGAUGAGGAUGAGAUAAUAUUUCCGCAACUCAGUUGUUUGGAUCUUGAUAGCUUAAGGAUGCUCAAAAGGUUUUACAAAGGGAGUUUAGGUUUCCCAUCCUUGGAGGAACUGUCAGUAACAUAUUGCAAUGAGAUGAUAACUUUAUGUGAAGGAAGUAUAGAAGCAGCCAACUUGUCUCAAGUUAAACUUGAUCCCUUCUCAGAUGCUAUUCAAUUGGAAACCGAGCUCAACUCUACUAUGAGGAAGAAAUAUCUGACAGAGAUUGCUCCACGGAGAGAGAGUAUUGAAUUCAGAGAUAGGGAAGACCUACAANAGAUAUGGUGUCUUUCACUUCAGAUACCCGACUUCUGUUUCACUUNCUUGGUAACCUUGAUUGUGAAUAAAUGCAAAAUUUCAUCAGAUGCAGUGUUACCUUUUACUUUAUUUCCUUUAUUACCCAAAUUAGAAACAUUGGAAGUUCAAAACUGUGAUUCUGUCAAAACCAUAUUUGAUGUCAACUGUACAAAACAAGGCACACUCACUCUUCCUCUAAAGAAAUUAGUUUUACGGAAGUUGCCAAAUCUAGAAACCGUUUGCAGUGAAGUUAAAGAGACUAAUACAACUCAUCCAGAAGGAACAAAUCCUGAGCUUACAUUCCCCUGUGUCACGUCAUUCNCACUAUUGGAUUUGCCAAACUUCAAUGCAGUACCAACAUUUGAGCUAAUUAUACCCAACUUAGAGCAUCUGACAGUGGGUAAAAAUGAAUUAAAGAUGAUUGUCAAUGGAGAAUUUCAGAGAAACCUUUUACACAAGUUAAAAGUUCUUACUUUGUGCUUUGAUAUUGAGUGUGAUGAAUAUCCGGAGUAUGGAUUUCUACAACAGUUGCCAAAUGUAAUGAAGCUUGUGGUGUGUGACAGUUCCUUCAAAGUCAUUUUCUGCGAUCAAAGACCUAAUAAUAGUGAAAUUCUUUUACAAUUGAAAGAAUUACGGUUGGAGUCCCUUCAAGAGUUGGUUUCCAUUGGCUUAGAAAACUCAUGGACUGAACCCUUUGUCAGAAAUCUUGAAACCUUUGAAGUCAUUAGCUGUUCCAAUUUAAAAAACUUGGUUCCAUGCAGAGUGUCUUUCUCGAAUCUGAUAUGUUUAAAAGUUGAAAAUUGCGAUAGCUUGUCAUAUUUAUUCACAUCUUCAACAGCCAAAAGUUUGGUUAAACUCCAAAGAAUGGAGAUAAAAAGGUGUGAAUCAAUUGAAGAAAUAGUGUCUAAAGAAGGGGAGGAAUCAGAUGAAGAUGAAAUAACAUUUCUGGAGCUCAAUUGUUUGAAACUUAAAUAUCUGAAAAAUCUCCGAAGGUUUUACAAAGGGAGUUUAAGUUUUCCAUUGUUAGAGGAAUUGUCAAUAAGAUGGUUCGACGAGAUGGUAAGUUUAUGUGGAGGGACUCUGGAGGCAAGUAUGUUGUCUGAAGUAAAACUUGAUUGGUCAACCACUACAUUGGAAACUGGUCUCAACUCUACUAUGAAGAAGGAAUUUCUGAAAAAGAUUUCAGAGCUUGACGAACUUGAUCUGGAAAGUGGGCCAAGACUACAAGAGAUAUGGAAUGGCUCACUGCAUAUCCCCGACCUCUGUUUCAGUGAGUUGGCCAAAUUGACUGUGAAUGACUGCCAGUUUUUGUCAGAUGCAGUGCUACCCUUCCAUUUACUUCCUUUAUUACCCAAAUUGGAGAUAUUGGAAGUUCGAAACUGCAACUAUGUCACAGUCAUUUUCGAUGUCAAUCCUUCAACACGAUACCCUUUAAUUACUCUUCCUCUGAAGAAAUUGGUUUUAUCGAAUCUUCCAAAUGUGGAGAAUGUUUGGAAUGAAGAUCCUCGUGGAAUUCUAAGCAUGCAACAUCUACAACAAGUGUUCGUUGAUAAAUGCAAAUGCCUUAAAACCGUGUUUCCAGCAUCAGUAGCCAGAGACCUUGUAAAACUUGAAGAUCUAGUACUGGAAGACUGUGAGGGAUUGAUGGCAAUUGUUGCAGAUGAAUCUGAUGAGAAGGAAGAAAUUAUAUUUGAGCGGCUUCAGGUUUUGGAUCUUAAAAGAUUAAAAGAACUAACGUGCUUUUACGAUGGCAACUUUACUUUAAGUUUUCCAUCCUUGAAGGAAGUCCAUGUCAUCGAGUGCAGCUCCAUGAAAACUUUCAGUGCAUUCAACAAAAUAGAUAAUCCGACAAGAUGGUAUUAUUCAGAACAUGCGAGACCCCGAAAGGAAACUGAUCUUAAUUCUGCUCUGCACAAAACUUGUGAAGAAGAGGCUCCAGAUGCUUCUACUACAUCAAAUCCGUCAGAUACGGAAGAUAGUGGAUAUCGUACAAAUACUUCAGAUACGGAAGAUAGCGAAUAUGGUACAAAUACUUCAGAUACGGAAGAUAGCGGACCUGUCGUACAUCAAAUAUUAACUACUGCCAUUGCAAUUGUUAAUCUUUUUUAGGGUUGAGUCUAUGUGGCAGACUCCAUUAUUGAAGUAAUUAAGAGGAGAUUGAAGGCAUAAAGAAUGGAUGAAGAGGAAUCUGUCUCGAUUUUAUUAUGUGUGAUUGUGUUUUAAAGAAAAUGAAAAAGAAAAGAAAAGUGUUAUUCUACCUAGUUGAACGUGUUUCUAUUUUAUUAGGUAUGACUGUGUUUUUUUUUAUAAAAAAAAAAAAUUCUGUGUUGUUCUACCCAAUUGAAGAUAAAAUACAUUAUUAUUUGUACUAUGUAAUGUGUGAGAUUAAAAGUGUGACAGUCAUGAAUAUUGAUUAAAGGUGAAGUGAGGAACUGUCACUAA